GGAUCGAAGCCACUGACCUGUCGAGCUUGCUGGAACAGUUCGAGAAGUCUGAAGUCAAGAAGGAGGAGGCUCCUGUGCAGCCCCCUGAGGACAGGCAGCCGGUGGGGAGCUCUGGCUCCAGUUCAGAUGGAGCUAGUGAGUCCUCAUCUUCAUCUUCAUCCUCAUCCUCCCGAUCCCGGUCACGGUCGUUCUCCCCACCACCUAAGCGGUGGCGAAGGUACAGCUCAAGAUGUUCCCACAGCUCCUCUUCCCGCUCCAGCUGUGGGUCAUGUGGCAGGUCCCGGGACAGGUCCUCAUCCUCAUCAUCAACGUCCUCCUACUCAUCCAGGUCCACGUCCCGCAGCCAGUCCUGCUCCCGCUCCCCCUCGCCCCGCAGGAGGAGUAACAGGCGGAGAAGAUACAGUUACGACGCCCAGGACCACUACCAAAGGCAGAGGAUCCUCCAGAAGGAACGUGCAAUAGAGGAGCGGCGAGUUGUGUUUAUUGGCAAGAUCCCCGGCAGGAUGACACGGUCAGAGCUGCGACACCGCUUCUCUGUGUUCGGCGACAUUGAGGAGUGCACCCUGCACUUCCGCUCCGAGGGGGACAACUAUGGCUUUGUCACCUACCGCUAUGCCGAGGAAGCCUUUGCUGCCAUCGAGAGUGGGCACAAGCUGCGGCGCCCAGACGAGCAGCCCUUUGACCUGUGCUUUGGUGGCCGCCGGCAGUUCUGCAGGAGGAACUAUGCUGACUUGGACUCAAACCGGGAAGAUUUCGCCCCGGCCCCCGUCAAGAGCAAGUUUGACUCCCUGGACUUCGACACGCUGCUGCGGCAGGCACAGCGCAGCCUGCGGAGGUAGCGGCAGGCAAGGCGGAAUGCCCGCCCCCGCUUUUAUACACAAAUACAAAAGACAAAAAAAGUAUGGAGAGAGAGAGAGAGACAGAAGGGGUUUUUAAGAAAAAGAAAAAGGAAAAAAAGAAAUUUGUUUUAUAACCAAUAUUUAAGGAGGACGGGUCAUAUGCCUUUGACCGGAGGGGCCCUGACGAGUGGCCGGGCGCAGGCAAGUGGCAGCCCUAGGCUUGCCUCAGCCAUGUAAUAAAUGUGGAU